UCACCUCCUUUUUUGUUGAAUUGUGUUCAUCUUUAAGAAAAUGGGAAGGUUAAUAUGGUUUUCCCAAAUCCUCUGCCUUUCCUUCAUGUUGUUACAGUUUCGAGUCCAAAGCUCCUCACCUUCUCAAUCUUCUCUUGAUUCACUGCUGCAUUUGUGCCGUCCCGAAGAGCGUUCUGCAUUGCUUGAUUUCAAAAGCACUACUACUAACGUGUUCAACGACGUCACUCAUGGAUUAAAAACUUGGAACAAGAGCAUAGACUGCUGCUUGUGGGAGGGCAUCACAUGCGACAAGACAAAAGACUUUGGAAACAAUAGACUUACUGGACCUAUUGACCAUGUUGAGAUGCCUAAUAUCAUUUUACAAAAUGUCUAUUUGUUCAAUAAUGAAAUAAGUGGUUCAAUUCCUAGCUUCUUCUUUGAUCUUGUGAAUCUUACUAGUGUUGACCUUUCUUCAAAUAACUUAACUGGCACCAUUACAGCCACCAUGCUUUCGAAGCUUGUAUACCUUGGGUAUCUUGAUCUUUCCAAUAAUAGUUUGCUGUCUUUGAGCAAUAAUGGCACUAGUAUCAACUAUUCCUUUCCGAACCUUCAGUAUUUAUUAUUCUCUUCUUGCAACAUACACAAGUUCCCAAGUUUCUUAAGGAAGGCAGAGAAAUUGCAAGAAUUGGAUAUUUCCAAGAACAAGAUUUCUGGUCAAAUUCACAAAUGGGAAAUAGAAGGGAUGUCAGUGAAUAUUUUAAACCUUGCUUAUAACUUCUUGACUGAUAUAGUUUCAUUCGGUUUUGGAAAUCUUGAAGCUGUUGACCUGAGAUCCAACUUACUACAAGCAUCACUUCCCAUUCUAUCAACCACUUGGGAUUCUAUGCACCAACUCUACGUUUCAGGGAAUAAUUUGAUUGGCGAAAUCCCUUCUUCUUAUUGCAAUUAUACUUUUCUUGGAGUUCUAGUCUUAGCUAAUAAUAGUUUGAGAGGGAAAAUUCCAGAAUGUCUUCGAAACUUGAGGCUCUCCAUCUUGGAUCUGCGGAUGAAUAAGUUCCAUGUUACUUGGAAAUUCUAGAUGUGGGGAACAACAACUUGAAUGAUACAUUUCCACAUUGGUUAGGUGUUCUUACGUGGCUAAAAGUUCUCAUCCUUCGAGCUAAUCAAUUUCAUGGUGCUAUCAGCAAUUCUAUGCCUGCAUUUUACUUCUCUCAAUUGAGAAUCAUUGAUGUCGCGCAGAAUGAUUUUA